ACUGAUGCAGAAACAAACCCAGCUAAAGAAAAAUGUGUCCAACAAGCUCCAGACGAAAAAAGUAACGUCUGAAUUUCUGUCUUAGUAUUUAGCUGUUCUACAACAUGGAAGAAACACAACUGUUGUUACCACUUGGUUUGACUUCAAGGAUCAGUAAAGGCAUUUGUGAGCUUCAAGGAGAGCUACAUGAGUAGACACAACCUCAAAGCAUCACUGGAGGCAACAGACAAGCGGCGACUGUUACCAUGAUUGACCUGAGUUUCUUGACCAAAGACGAACAGGAAACUAUCCUGACUGUGCUGAAAAGAGAUGCUGAGCUAAAGCAGCUUGAGGACCAACGUGUCCAAAACCUGCAGAAGUCCGUGAUGAACAAAAGCCAGCUGAGAUACCUGACUGGAGAAUGGUUCUAUGAGACUAAGCAGCUUCGCCAUCAGGAUCGCAUCCAUGGCUCUGACAUCAUCAGGGCCUCCAUGAGGCGCACACAUAAACUGAAGACUAUACUGGAGCUCUCCCAAGUAUCGGCUGAGAAGUGCAGCUUUGUCAGCACCCAAAGCAAAGAAGUGUCCUUACCAGCUGUACGCUGUGGUGUCCUUCGAGAGCCUCACAUGGAGCUCAGCAAUAAUCACUAUCAAAAUCAGAACCUUGAUGAAACCCAACAAGAAACUCUGAAAUCAAAUUCUCGCAUGAAGCAGAUAAAAAAUCCGUUCAACAGCGAGCCUGCUUUUGAAGAAAAGGAGAGUCAGGGAUUGGAUGAAGCAGUGAAUCAAACCCAAACAAAGCAAUGUUACAGGAAGAGUUCCAGUCCCAUCACACCAGCCCUGAAACGGUUAUCCUCAAGGAGCAGGUCUUCAUCCAAAAGUCUGGAAAAUCUAACCCUAACCUCACAAACGAGGAACGACCAUCACUGCACGUGCAGCAGCACCCUUUAAAACUAAAUUAGUAACAUUAGUACAUACCACUGCAGUCACAAGCAGUGGCAGUCCACUGCAGCGUGUCAUAAUGCAGCUUAGCCUUUCUCUAUAGUUCAGAAGAAUGUAAAUGUGACUGCUCAGUAAUGGUAAAGAUUUUCAGAGGUACAACAAAAGAAAUCUUGACGCCACCUUUUUAGGUACUUUCUCAUGGUACCCAGAGAACCCAGUGUAAUUCAAGCGAAUGAAUGGAUCUAAGUAUGGACGGUAAUAAAGAUAAACAUGAGGUUUAUCUUUAUACACAGUUUUAUCAGGAUACAAAAGAUGGCUGAGCAGUGAUUUCAACAUCAGCAUACUUUUGUAUUUAUUGCAUUGCACGAUAUUAAAAUUCAUCUCUUCCUUUCAUUUUCCUCACUUCCACCAAAAGCCUCCAGCUCGAGGCUGAUGACAAGCAGUGUGUCAGAGCCCGUCCUUCUGUACAACAAGGUGAAUUAGCCUUAGUUGACUCGUGCAUGUUGAAUGGAGCUGUACAUUUACCAGCUUGAAGAGGUCUGAAUAAGAAGCUCAAAUGUGUCCAUCUGCCUUUAUCACUGAUGUGUUUGUGUUUGACCUGGUGUUUCUCUUUGCUUGAUCAGAUGGA